AUGGAAACAGACACGUUGAAUACGGAUGAAGUACGCCUGACGAGCGCACAGUGUGUUAUGGAAGCCAUUCAAAUGGACCGACCGCUGAUUCUUUUAGAUUCGCGGUCGUCGAUGGAAUUCAACGCAGGUCACAUUCUUAAGGCUAUCAAUGUGGGGGGUGAUAGCGCUUUUAGGAACAAAUUCAUACAGAAUCGCGUCCCCAUGGACAGAUUGUUGCUGAAGUUGCUCGGUUCCCAAGACCUUUCUAGCUGGCAAUCUGUACCAAUCGUGGUGUAUGAUCACAAUUUGGAGGAUAUCAACGAUUUGAAUCCGGAGGAUUUUCUGUAUAGAUUGCUGUGUGAUCUUUUGCGUUCCUUCGUGCCGAUAUAUGUGCUAAAAGGUGGUUUCGUCGGGUUCCAGGAUGAAUGCUCACACUUGUGUUGGAUCGGUCAGGAUCGCGCUUCAUACGAGGACACUUCUUCUCAGUCAGAUCCGACCACGUGCGAAUUGGAACGCUUGUUAGAUGAAUGCUUGCGCGAGGCCGCCGGUUGUCCUUCCUCGACAAUUCAAUCGCAAAUCGAGGCCAGUGGUUUGUCACUGCGUCCGGGUGCCGGUUUACACUCGGAGCUCGAGAGGUCAGUUGUGAAUGUUAGCGACUCUUCUCUUUUUUCAUGA